CAUUUGAAACUAAUUCCAAAUUAUCUGCUUUUCAACUACUCAAAAGCCAUAUGUCUAGCCUGAACAAAGUAAUGGAUAUAGUUCAGAUAUUUUCUUCUUCGUAUUUAUAUAUAUGUGUGUAUGGUUUUCAAUUCCAACAUAUUUUGAACUAUAAUUCUUUAAUCUAAAGCCUCAUUUUCAUAGCUCUUGAUAUAAGAAAUGGCAACAACACGUUUCAGUCCUUGCUCAUCUUCUUCAACAAACUUUUCUCCCUCUUCUUCGUCUUUCAAGAAUCAAGCAAAAUUGUUCAGUAGAUUCAUUUCUGUGCCAGGAAAGUCUGAUUUCUCCAUAUGGGUAUCUCAUAUUCAUUCAAGAAUCCGUGCUAAAAAGCAUUUUCGCCUCAAAUCCUCCAAUGGGCAUCCUCUAAAUGCUGUCUUUUUGCAGGAUGGUUCAGCUAGAAAUCAUCUACCCAAAGAUCAUGUUGAACUUCAAAGAAAGGAGGGGUCAUCCAUUCCUGUCUCUGAAGCAGAGAAACUGGAGUCUACUCUCAGCAUUACUGUUGUUGGAGCUUCAGGAGACCUUGCUAAGAAGAAGAUUUUUCCUGCACUUUUUGCUCUUUUCUAUGAAGAUUGGCUACCUGAGAACUUUACUGUAUUUGGUUAUGCUCGAAGUAAGUUAACUGAUGAAGAGUUAAGGAACAUGAUUAGCCAGACAUUGACUUGCAGAAUAGACAAGAGAGAAAAUUGUGAAGACAAAAUGGAUCAGUUCUUGAAAAGAUGCUUUUACCAGGCAGGUCAAUAUAACUCUGAGGAACACUUUUUGGAAUUGGACAAAAAGCUGAAAGAGAAAGAGGCUGGAAAAUUGUCAAAUAGACUGUUUUACUUAUCAAUCCCUCCAAACAUAUUUGUGGAUGUGGUGAGAUGUGCUAGCCUUAGAGCUUCUUCAGUGAAUGGGUGGACUAGGGUAAUUGUUGAGAAGCCAUUUGGUCGUGACUCAGAGUCAUCUGGGGAGUUAACCAGAUCUUUGAAGCAGUAUCUGGCUGAAGAUCAAAUAUUCAGGAUUGAUCAUUACCUAGGCAAGGAGCUUGUUGAGAAUCUAUCAGUACUUCGUUUCUCAAAUCUUGUUUUUGAGCCUUUAUGGUCAAGAAACUAUAUCCGCAAUGUGCAACUGAUCUUUUCUGAAGAUUUUGGUACAGAGGGACGUGGAGGAUACUUUGAUAACUAUGGAAUUAUACGAGAUAUAAUGCAAAACCAUCUGCUACAAAUACUAGCAUUGUUUGCGAUGGAGACCCCCGUUAGCUUGGAUGCUGAGGACAUUAGAAAUGAAAAGGUUAAGGUUUUGAGGUCAACGAAACCACUCCAACUUGAAGAUGUGAUUGUUGGCCAAUAUAAGGGUCACAGCAAGGGUGGUAAAUCAUACCCUGCUUAUACAGAUGAUCCAACUGUGCCAAAGGAUAGUCUUACACCAACAUUUGCAGCUGCAGCUCUUUUCAUUAAUAAUGCCAGAUGGGAUGGAGUUCCUUUUCUUAUGAAAGCAGGCAAAGCUCUUCACACUAAGCGAGCAGAGAUCAGAGUGCAGUUCAGACAUGUCCCGGGUAACUUGUACAAGCGGAAUUUUGGAACCGAUUUAGAUAAGGCCACAAAUGAGCUUGUACUCCGUGUACAACCUGAUGAAGCUAUAUAUCUGAAGAUUAACAACAAAGUUCCUGGUCUUGGAAUGAGAUUAGAUCGCAGUGACCUAAAUUUGCUAUACCGAGCAAGGUAUACAAGAGAAAUACCAGAUGCAUAUGAGAGGCUGCUUUUAGAUGCAAUAGAAGGAGAGCGAAGGUUGUUCAUCAGAAGUGACGAGCUUGAUGCUGCAUGGGCACUUUUCACUCCGUUGUUAAAGGAGCUCGAGGAAAAGAAAAUUAUUCCAGAGCUUUACCCCUAUGGUAGCAGAGGUCCGGUUGGAGCAUAUUAUCUUGCAGCAAAACACAAUGUUCGAUGGGGAGAUCUUAGCAGCGAUAUUCAUGAAUAGCUAAGAGCUCACACGGAUUGGUUUAGAAGCUGCAGAGAGCAUUUUAAACGACUUAAGGAUUCAAAUUAAGAUGUAAGUUGUCAUCAUCGAGUAUUUUUCUAUUGUAUAAAAGCAAGCAAAAUAGUUAAUAUCAACAAUGGUUAAAUUCUGGAUUUAUUUGUGGAUGUGACCAAAUGCACCAAUGGCAGACCUGAGCUGAAACUCAAAAUCCCAAAUUUGGGGAACAUAGUAAAUUCUAAUGUACUGCACAAAACCAUGUUGUAAGUCUAUGUUGCCUUUGUAUUUCCUGCAUACAAGAAAGAGAGUUCAUUUCUGAACAAAGGUUAAUUCUAAA